AUGCUCAAGGAGGUUGACGAUAUACUGCAUGAGUUAACCCGCAUACUUGGCUACAGUGCCGGAUGGGUCGCUGGUGCCUGUGGAAGUAUGUAUAACACAUCGGAGACGGCAACAUGCUUCAGAAGGUGUACGGAAAUUGUAAGUUUAAUGCUAUAUAUGAAAGGAUAUGACUAUGACAGGCAACAAUAUACGUGGGGUAAAAGAACAGUGAAGGAAAAAACCGCAGAACAGUUUAAAGAAUAUUUAACAUGUGUAGUAGCGGGUGAGGUUUUAUUAAGACUAUAUGGGAGGAAUAAUGCUCAUUUAGAGGUAAUGCACGAGGUUUCGGAACAGUUAAAACAGGAGACACUUCAGGGGACCCCGGUUAAACAUGGUAUAUGUGAGAAAAGGGAUUUUGCAACAAUAAUAUUUCAAUCCAGGGGUAUUGGACAAGGAAUAAAAAAUCGAUUAGAUGAGUUAAAUGCAACUGUGGUAACGCGAAGAGGUAGCAGUGGGCGAUGUGGAUCAAGGAGAUGUGCAUGGGACAAUACGGAGCAAGCUGAUAAAGGCGAUAAAAGCAAGAGUGACAGGGAAUGUAAGGAAAAUGCGGAGCACGCAGUGAUACAACAGACGGGGGAUACGCAGCUAAUAAUCGAAUGGAUUGAGGCCACUCCCAACAGCCCCGUGAUGAAGUUGUUCCAGAACAUACGGAAACCAGGGGGAUCCCAGGGCAAAUGUGACAUACAGAAGAAGGUAAAGGAGAAGGUCCAGGAAAUGCAGAACACAGUGAACAGGACAACAACGACCACUGUGAGAGGGGGGGCACGCACACGGGGCUCGGCACCUAGAGGUGGCAGGGGAGGAGGAGGGGCAGGAUUUGGUGGAAGAGGUGGACGGGGUGGAUCUGUGGGAGUAGGAACGGGAAGAGGAGGAGGACCAGGGGGAAUAAGUAGAGGUGCGCAUCCUAGUACACCAGGACGGGCAGGAACAGGUCCUGGGGAUGCAUCGACUACCGUUAGCAAACCCGCCCCGGCCAAACCCGCCGAUGGGCAACCACCAUCACCAGCCAAACCAGCACCACCAGCACCCGGCAACGGAACAAACACCGCUGCCAAACCAGUAGCAGCGAAACCAAAUGCGGCCGCGGGGAAACCACCGGUAGGAACGAAACCGGAGAACACGAAGACGGCGGGAUCAACGAAGAUUGUAAAUAUGCAACAGGAGGAUGGGCGGCACAUGAAUGGGAGUAGCACAUUAUAA